CAUGGUAACAUUGGCAGUUGGCACACCGGAAACAAGCGUAGCUCAUGUUUCUCAACCUGCAUAAAUUCAGCCAGCCAUCUUUUGUGAAAAAAUCAUUUGUUUCGUGUCGUCAGGGUACAUUUCUUAAUUGUAAUUAAUGUCAGAGCCACAGUCAUCGCUUUUAUUAAAAAAGCAGUUAGCAGAAUUGAACAAAAAUCCAGUAGAAGGAUUUUCUGCUGGGUUGAUAGAUGACAAUGAUAUUUACAGAUGGGAGGUUCUCAUUAUCGGUCCUCCAGAUACAUUAUAUGAGGGUGGAUUCUUUAAAGCACAUUUACAUUUUCCGAAGGAGUAUCCUUUGAGACCACCUAGAAUGAAAUUUGUAACAGAAAUAUGGCAUCCAAACAUUGAAAAGAAUGGAGAUGUCUGCAUAUCAAUAUUGCAUGAACCAGGUGAUGACAAAUGGGGUUAUGAAAAAGCCUCUGAGAGGUGGCUACCAGUACAUACAGUUGAAACAAUCCUCAUUAGUGUUAUUUCUAUGUUGGCAGACCCUAAUGAUGAAAGUCCUGCUAAUGUUGAUGCUGCAAAAGAAUGGAGAGAGAGGUAUUCGGAUUUCAAAAAGAAAGUUGCCAGAUGUGUUAGGAAAAGUCAAGAAGAUUGUUUUUAGGACUGAGAAAAAAUUACCAACAGAUUGUCAUGUUGGAAAAGGGCCACAUGACGCAGGCCACAAACAUUCAAUUGACACUUUAUGAUUUAACAUUAGGUUGCACACUCUAGCUGGCGCCAAACCAAACUGAAUAUUAGUAGCAGUGUGCUCAUUCUGUUUCUUUUUACAGAAAGAAUGGAGAGAAUCAUAUUCGGAGUUUAAAAGAAAAGUAGCACAGUGUGUGAGAAAGAGCCAAGAGGAUUGUUCUUAAAUAACAGUGCCCUUUUUAUUUAUUUAUUUGGAUAGUGAGUGUUUGGUGGUAAAGUUUGAAUAUCUUUGCAAGUUGCGAAGCCUAACCACAGCUCAGUGUAAGCCCCAACACCUGGGUCAGAGACAAUAUUGAAAUUGAUUUAAAUAAAUAUUGUAAUGAAAUGGUAUUGCUGCCGUAUUUUAUAAAUAAUAAAUUAAAGGUAGAACUCGAGUUCUUUUUCAUCUUUUUUAAGACAUGUUAGCUAGCUAUUGUUAUAAUAAUAAAAUGGUGUAUGAUAUUUUUUUCUACAGAAAACAAAUCUGCAAUUGUUCAUAAAUAUUGUCGAUCUCCUUAUAGUAAAACCAAAUUAAUAAAGUAAUUUAAUCAUUAUUUAUUAGUCGCUGGAAGUGUAUAUUUUAGACAUUGCUACAGAAAAUACUAUCCGAAAAUUGCAGAGAGCAAUUUUUCGUCUGUAAAUUUUAGUUACCUUACUUUUUGUAAUUAUUCUAUCAAUGAUUCGCUUAUAGGGUCAGCGCAGACUGCGCGAUAAAGAACUUGCAUGCUUUCUCGUAGAUAAUAGUAGAUUUCUCAUAGAUAAUAAUUUAAAAUUGUCCAUAUAUAAUUCCAAUAGAAGAUAUGAAUAGUUUCUGAAGAUACAAAAAAUGUAACAACAAAAAUGUAACAACAUUUUUUGUAUCUUCCUUGCUCACUAUUUUUCACUUUUAUUCAGAGUGGAUAAGGACGUUAUAAUUUAAUUAGCGAUGAGAAAAGUACUUCAGAAUACAAACACAAUUUGUCCAGUCUCCGCUGACCCUUAAGUGGACAGAUCAAUAGCAAAAAAAAUUAUUUGUAAUGAAAGCUGUCUUAGUGAUAAAUAUAUUCUAAACAUUAUUUCAAAUAAUAAAUGCAAGUUUUGUAAAAAUAUCUUUUUAUAUAAAUAAUAACCUUGCCCAUAUUUUACUAGGUGACAAAGGGCCAGCGUACAAUAUAUAGGAUCUACAAUGUCUGAUACAUUGUUAGUUAUGUAAUUGAAAUAUUCAAUAAAAUGCUUAGAGAACGACGUCACGGCAAGCUGAGUAUGUAUUGGAAAGGGAUUUUCCGUUCCAAUGAUGUCCGUUGGUGUAUUAACUAUUGCUGGCCCUAAGGCUAUAUUCAUGUGACUAGGCGCGCGUUAAGUUUUUGGUGUCAUCUACACGUUUGACGUGGCGCAUGUUGGACGGUCAAAGUUUCCGUUUUAUUACAAUAAUCGAAACCUUUGAAUAACCGUUGUAUUUUUUACAUGUAAGGCAAACAGCGAUGCAGCAAAAAAAAAUCGCCUUUAAUAAAUUCAUUCAUCCGGAUCGUUAAAGCUCACUGAAAGUUACUUCAUUUAUAUCCUAGCACUAUGUUUUAGGUAGGUAUAGGUGUAAGCGCUCAACUGAAUGGCAGUACAGAAAGCUUUUAAUCUCAGAAAUGCAUAACAAGUGCUCAUGUGAAAACUUUCUGACCCUACAGCUUCCCAGCACGGUUACAUAAAGAUUUCGAAUUUGUAUAGCAGUAACUGUCAUCUGAAGAUAUCCUAUGGGCCAGCGCACACCGGGCACAGCAGGGUAGAGCAUUUCUAGCUUUUCCUAAUGUAAAUUAAACUGGUAGUAAGAUACAGAUUUAAUGCAGAAGAGAUUGACACGGGAAUCCUUGGGAUGCCUUGUGGUCGAUCUCCAAGCAUCGGUAACAGUAUCUUGUUCCUAGUUACGUAUGAAUUUACAUUAGGUAAAGAUAUGUGUGCUGGUCAAAAGGCUCCAUAUUUAAAUAAUUAAGGUUAUCAAAUGUAUUCGAGUAAACUUUGCAAGAAAAUAACUACUACUAUUGAAGGAAGUUGUAUAUAAAACGUGGCAUAAUCCCAAAACUACCCUUAUUAGACUUACCUAACUAUCAGCGUACCUACUAAUAGAUAUGUCUUAUGGAGUAAUUAAUAGACAAACCUUAUAUCUACAGAUUGGGGACUAAAAGUCUAAAUAUUAUAUUGACAAUUUUAUAAAUUAUUGUCUGUUUCCUGACCCACUAAAAAAAAUUAUGUGUGUAUGUCCUCAAAUUUGUUAGUUUGAAUUGAUGAAAUCGAAAAUUGAAUUAACUUAUUAAAAAAUGUACAUUAAUGUAAAAAAUAAAUGCAGAUCUGGAAGUUUGAUAUUGCAUCAUUGAAUUAAGAAUAUACAGUAUCCUCAUUUAGCCAUUAUUGUAUGAAAUGCAUUGUGUGUUGUCUCUAAAAACGGAAACCCGCGCACGUCUCAUUUAACACCCGCGAAAUGUUGUUAACUCACAAACUUUUACAUUAGAGGUAAAAUAAUUACUGUCAACUGCUAAAUAAUAUGAAGCGACUAACCGUUUAUUCUAAAAUAAAGUGGAGUGUAUGGUCUUAAUUCUGUGAUUGCAUUUAACUUAAGGAAUAAAAAAAAAUCAUGUUUAUAAAUUGAUCACUUAAUGGCGGUCCCGCAGUACCAUUUCUUAGUUAAUUAACUAAAAUAAUAUAUCCUUCAAUACUAAUUAACCCUGGUAAUUCAAAAUUUUCCGUAAUAUUCAGUCUUAAGUGCACCAACUGAAGCGUAAAAUUCUCUUUUAUUUACAACACCUGUAUGUUUAAUUUAAAUUUUUACCAUAAUACUAGAUAAAAUAUCUAUACUACUAAUGGUUCCUCUGUAGAUUGGAAAAACCUAGCCCUCAAAAUAAUAAUUGCAAAUGUUUAAUUAUGCUCGGAAAUAUUGAUUUGUGAAGCAUGUACAUUAUUAACUUGUAUAUUUUUACUAUAAAACCAUAAUGCAGA